AAAUAAAUCACCUCUAUUACCGUCACAUACAAUCGAUACUUCAAGUUUGCUUUACUAGAACGCGUUUUGAAAAACCAAAAUCAUGCUUUCCUCUGCUCGUCAUGCUUUUGCUCGUGCGCCGCGUCGCGCUUUCUCUACAACUUCGACGCGUGCAUACGACGUCUCCAAGCUCAUCCUUAUCGGACGACUAGGCAAAGACCCUGAAGUUCGUACCACUAAGAGUGACAAGGAAUACGCGUCCUAUAACGUUGCAACUACCAACUACCCCCCUCCACCUCCUAAUCCCGAUGGCAGCCGUCAAGAGGCUGGAACGACGUGGCAUCAUAUCAUUUGCUUCAAUCCUGGUCAGACUAACUACUUGCGCACUCUCCAGAAAGGGGCCCAAGUAUACGUUGAGGCGAACUUUGAACUUCGUGACCCAGACCCAAGCGCAGACCCAUCUUCGGCGCAGGCCCAAAGACAGAUAUUCCUUAGACAUGAAACCAUACGGGUUAUCAGGCAGGCCCCCUCGCACAGCGAGACCCAGGAGUAGUGCAUGUCAUUUUAUGACCAUCACAGCUACCCGUCUUAUUGGUAUAAUUAUUACACGCCACCGCUCACCCCACUCGAUAAUCUAUGUUACAUUUAUUGGUAUCUCAUUCGUCAUGGUGGUCAAAUGGUGACUCGGACCGCCUUCUUAUACCAAGUGCGUUGUGUGACGGAUCUGUGAGCCAUGCCUUUACUCGCUAAUGAACUGGCGAACCUCGACUCGCUGAUAUGAGCUUACCGUGCUCUCCCGGAUUGGUACAGACGGGAGAGGCGCAUGCAUUUCUGUCCCAAGAGCAGAUGAGGCUGACAUUCGUGCACCUUCUGACUUGUUGAUUUUGUGAAGAUAGUCCCGUACAGUUGUUACCACAAGCU